CGCCGGGGGCGACCGAGGCGCCGUUGCCGAGUCAGUCCCCGCCAGCCACAUCACCCCCAGACCUGACGGGCUGGCCCCGGGCUCUCCAGGCAUCCCCGGAGCCAGUGGCCGCUGGCGGCGUCGAGCUGGGAGGGCGCUUGGACAGCAUCGUGCAGGCGCUGGGAGCUCUGCCAGCUCUGGUGACCGUGGGUGCCUGCCUUGUGCCCCUCGCUGCCUGUCUGCUGAUGUGCCUGGCCUGUGCCCGCCAUGCCGCCCUCCAUCUCAGCCUUCCAGGCCGCCUACAUUGGCAUCGAGGUGCUCAUCGCCCUGGUCUCCGUGCCUGGGAACGUGCUGGUGAUCUGGGCAGUGAAGGUGAACCAGGCGCUCCGGGACGCCACCUUCUCCUUCAUUGUGUCGCUGGCGGUGGCUGAUGUGGCAGUGGGUGCUCUGGUCAUCCCACUCGCCAUCCUCAUCAACGUUGGGCCACAGACCUACUUCCACACCUGCCUCAUGGUGGCCUGCCCCGUCCUCAUCCUCACCCAGAGCUCCAUUCUGGCCUUGCUGGCGAUUGCCGUGGACCGCUACCUCCGCGUCAAGAUCCCGCUCCGGUACAAGACGGUGGUGACUCCCCGGAGGGCUGCAGUGGCCAUCGCCGGCUGCUGGAUUCUCUCCUUCUUGGUGGGCCUGACCCCUCUGUUUGGCUGGAACAACCUGAGUGAGGUAGAGCGGGCCUGGGCGGCCAACGGCAGCGUGGGUGAGCCCGUGGUCAAGUGCGAGUUUGAGAAGGUCAUCAGCAUGGAGUACAUGGUCUACUUCAACUUCUUCGUCUGGGUACUGCCCCCACUGCUGCUCAUGGUCCUCAUCUACCUAGAGGUCUUCUACCUGAUCCGCAAGCAGCUCAGCAAGAAGGUGUCGGCCUCCUCUGGCGACCCGCAGAAGUACUAUGGGAAGGAGUUGAGGAUCGCCAAGUCGCUGGCCCUCAUCCUCUUCCUCUUCGCCCUCAGCUGGCUGCCCCUGCACAUCCUCAACUGCAUCACCCUCUUCUGCCCUUCCUGCCACAAGCCCAGCAUCCUCAUCUACAUCGCCAUCUUCCUCACGCAUGGCAACUCGGCCAUGAACCCCAUCGUCUAUGCCUUCCGCAUCCAGAAGUUCCGGGUCACCUUUCUUAAGAUUUGGAACGACCAUUUCCGCUGCCAGCCCGCACCCCCCAUCAACGAGGACCCCCCAGAAGUGAGGCCCGAUGACUAGACUCCACCUUCUCUCUCACCUGCCUUGUCUGGGCAUCAGCCAAGUCCUCACCUGCCCCUGUCCCUCUUGUCUCCCUGAGCCUUCCCUGGCUGGGCUGUGGGGUGUGGGUGCCCUGUACCUCUGGGUCCUGGAGGAGGUUUGGGGGGCAUCCCAUGGGAAAGGAACCAGGUAAUCUGAGGGGAGGAGGAAAGUGGCUGGAGCCUCCCCCUGCCUGACCAUCCCACGGGCAGCCAGUGCUUCAGGCCACAAAGGGGCCGUGUCGGCUGGGAGGGCUGCUGGGGCUCCCCCAGCGGGCAGGCAAGUCUGCUUGUCUUAGGUGGUAGUGGUGCAGCCCUGGGACCAAGCUAAAGGAAGAGAGAGGAUGGAGAUGGAGAGAAGGAAGGGACCAGAUGUCUUGGCCUUGCUUUCGCUCCUGCUCUGUAGGAGAAGGUGGCCAGAGCUGCUGAGGGACGAGAAUCAAGGAGCCUCAGUCCCCACCUCCAGGACCCUGCGCUCCAGCCACGCUGGGUGCAAGGUGCCUGCUCCCCUCGCCCUGGGAGCCCAGGAUUAUGCUUGGGAGAGGCAGAAAGAGCAGGUCCAGAAAUCGUGUGCAACAUCGGCUUUAUUCUCCAUCAGCCCUUGACCCUGGGUGGGGGCUCCUAGUGCCCUGGAGCCAAUGUGGAGUGUUAGGUACAGGCCUCAAACAGCCACUAGGUAACAGCACCAGGCCCUCAUUCUUGCCCUGAGCGUCCCAAGGAGGAGCCUGGUAUGUAACUACCUGUCAUCUGGGCCACCAGCUCCACCAGUGAUGACAGGCCUGGACUCUCCCAGGUGACACCCAUCUCUGCUGCUCUGGGCCAGAUGGAGAGGAGAGCCCCAGACGUGCCAACUCUUGGGAGCAUUUCCCUGCCUGGGGAGGAGGUGGACGAGGGAAAGUGUACUCGAGGUCCUGGGGGCUGACUCCUAGA